UUUCUCACUUCUCUCUCUGUUUUCUGUCUUUGCUGUCUGUCUGUUGUAGUAGUAGUAGAGUAGUACUCAUUAAACCUCGGAUAUCAUCUUUUCAAAUCUAUAAGAGAUUUUUUUUCUUGUUCUUGUUAAAAAUUCAACCUUACAAUUUUGAUCACUUUUAUGAUCUGGGUAGGUUCAUCUUGUUAAUCUAAUCUCAAAUUGAAUCUCAACUUCUUUCAUUUCUCUAUGUAUUGAAAUUUCAAACCAUUAACAACAAACAAAAGCAACUUCCCUUUGCUCUUUUGGGAUUGGGAGAGUUCCUACAGAAGUAUCACAAAGAUGGGUUUUGCAACAAGUACAUAGUUUUGUAGUUGAAUAUGAGUAAACUUAGAUAAUUGUUUAGGGUUUUGCUCUUUCGUGGAGGUUUUCUGAGUCAUGGGUAGAGGUAGAGGAAAGGGUAAGAAGUUGACUGUUGUUAAUAGUCAAGAGGAUCUAGGGAGUGGUGGAGAAGAAGUACUUCCUGCAUAUAAGAGAAGGGGAAGACCACAGAAACCAUUGAAAGAUGAGAUUGAUGAUGAGGGGAUUGAGGAAAUAUUAGACAAAGAUGAGGAAAUAUUAGACAAAGAUGAGGAAAACAUAAAAUCUACUACUUUGAUUAAAGAGGUGAAAACUCCUGCUGCAGUUGAAAAUGGAAGGAAGAGGAAGAAAAAUUCGCAGGUGAAAGAGAAUAUGGAUUCAGUCAAAGAGGAGAUUGUUGUUGGAACAAGAACGAGUGCGGAGAUUAUCAAGUCGAACGGAUUCCGUCAAAACGGUAGUAGGAGAAAGAGUACGCCUCGGCGAGCAGCUGAAACUGGAGUUGAGUGCAAGUGAGUUGAGUUUAUUAUAAUCAGAGACUGAAUUAGGCCUUUUGGUUCAUCUUCUGUCUUUCCAUUGUUUUCGUCUUUUAUUUGCACUUGUUUUUGUCUUUGCAAUUUGAAAUUUUAUGUUCCUUGUUCAUGAAUCAUCACAUCAUGGAGGUCAUUAUUAGAACAGGUUAUACUGAUUUGUAAUCUUCCAUGAAGCUACUAGUCCCGACUAUGUUUCCCAUAUUAUGUCAAACUAGUGUAGCAUUCACCCCGAAGCUUCAAUUUUAGUUCAUCUGUGAAGUUUUUAUGCAGUGUUUUUUAUCUGCUAUUAUUUUCGAUUAUCUUGUGUUCAUGCCAGUCUGGCUGUAUAUUGUGUUUAUUGUAUGUGUUUUGCUUCUUUCUGUAUCUUUAAAAUAUUAUUUUUAUCUUGAAGUUCUA